GGUUGGUGCCACGGGUGAGAUGGCUGCGAAGAGUUUUGCUUCCAGAGUCAAAGGCUCCCAGCGAUUUCUGAGUGGUUUCGUGACCGGGGCUGUAGUGGGCGCGGCGGGAGCAGGACUCACGGCCCUGCAGUUCUUCCGGAGCCAGGGCGCGGGGGCAGCGUUGGCUGCCAGGGAGCCGGACGAAUCUGCAGAAAAGGCUGUGUUGGAACACUUUGGAUUUCCUUUAACUGGAACAGAGACUAGGUGCUAUACUAAUCAUGCCUUGUCUUAUGAUCAGACAAAGCGUGUGCCUAGAUGGGUUCUUGAACAUAUAUCCAGAAGCAAGAUCAUGGGUGACGCAGACAGAAAACAUUGUAAAUUUAAGCCUGAUCCCAACAUCCCUCCAGCCUUCAGUGCCUUCAAUGAGGACUAUGUUGGAAGCGGCUGGUCACGAGGACACAUGGCUCCAGCAGGAAAUAACAAAUUUUCCAGUAAAGCCAUGGCUGAAACCUUUUACCUUUCUAAUAUUGUGCCUCAGAAUUUUGAUAAUAAUUCUGGAUAUUGGAACAGAAUAGAAAUGUACUGUCGUGAACUGACAGAGCGGUUUGAAGAUGUUUGGGUAGUGUCUGGACCUUUAACCUUACCUCAGACUAGAAGUGAUGGAAAAAAAACAGUUAGUUACCAGGUGAUUGGUGAGGAUAAUGUGGCAGUCCCCUCACACCUUUAUAAGGUGAUCCUUGCUCGCAGAAGCCCAGAGUCUACUGAACCACUGGCACUGGGAGCCUUCGUGGUGCCCAAUGAAGCCAUUGGCUUCCAGCCCCAGUUAACUGAAUUCCAAGUGAGCCUCCAGGACCUAGAGAAGUUGUCGGGCCUGGUGUUUUUCCCUCGUUUGGAUAGAAGCAGUGAUAUCAGGAAUAUCUGUUCUGUGGACACCUGUAAGCUUCUGGAUUUCCAGGAGUUCACUCUGUACCUGAGCACAAGAAAGAUUGAGGGAGCGCGUUCAGUGCUCAGACUUGAAAAGGUCAUGGAAAACUUGAAGAAUGCAGGGAUUGAACCAGAUGAUUACUUCAUGAGUCGCUACGAGAAGAAGCUAAAAGAACUCAAAGCUAAGGAGCAGUCCGGAGCCCAGACGGGAAAGCCAUCCUAGUUUUUAAUCUCAGAAGACAUGUGCUAAUCAUCUGAAAUGAGGCAGCAUGCAUUCUUCAGGCUGCUGUAUUUUAGUGGCUUUGCUUUAAAGAAAUGAUGGAAUCCUAAAUUUGCAACUAAAAAUCCCUCUGAAGGAUGAAAGAUCUAUAAUUUUUUUGUCAGUAUCUUUUUGACUUGUGAACUAAUUACUAAGGAAGCUGUCACAUCUCCAGGUCGAGAGCUGAUCUUGUGUCAUGUUAUCAGGAGGACUGUGUCCAUGAGUUAACACUGCAUUCGUGUCCCUCUGGAUGAAUAGUGUGUGAAGGAAGGCACUGUUUAUUUUUUAUUUUUAUGUAUCCAAAUCAUACAUUGUCUUUGAUAUAUCUGCUUAGCUAUCUUGGAACUCAGUAUUAUGUUAUCUUUCCCAAGGAUCUGAGUUGGUCUUAGAGAGGGCUUUUAGAAAUCCUGUAUUAUCCUGUCCAAAUAUAUAAUUUCAUUUCUUGA